AUGACACGUCGGGCAGCAACCCUGCCACUGCUCAGAGGCAACACCACAUUGGAGUCAGCGCUGGAGCAAGAGGAGGAUGUUUUUCUUGACUUAGAUUACCCAGAACAGCGCAUUGAUUUCUUCGUGUUACUGUACAGCAAUCGUGAUGAUAUUGAGCGUAUUGCCUCAUAUCAUCUCGGUCUAGGUCCUUCGGAUACUUGCAGGACUGGCGAUGUAAAGGAAUGGGCCCAUGGCAGCUUCAAUGUUUGCAUUCUGCUCUAUGAGAACUCAACACCCCCGACAAUGUGGACGAGAAACUGCGCUGUGAAGCUGCAACUUUUAUUUGGAUACAUACGCAUUGUCCGGAAAUAUCCAUUCCUCGACUGUGGGGGUUUGGACUUGUUGGAGGUCAAAGUUUUACAAAACCGGAGAAUAUCUCUCUCGGAACUAGACUUCUCUGGACUCUGA